AUGGAGACCGCACCUCUGACUCUCGCGCAUACGCAUGCUCGAAAUGCGGCCCUUGAAACUAGACGCUCCAACCCCGUCGCUGCGAGCGAGGAGCAUGAUUUGGCAGCGGCCGAAUUUGCAAGCGCAGCCCAAAGUACAUCGGAUCUGGAGGCCGUGCGAAUACUGAAUCUGCUUGAACAACAUCACAAGAGACUGGGACAGAUAUUGAGAUCGAGCCAUGAAAGACCGGCUGGCGGAGAUGCACCCCAACCAGCGCCAACAGGACCUGCGCCCACACCCACUCCUGUGACCGCGCCGUCACCACCGAAGCAGAAGCAAUCUGAAGCGCCGGAGAGGCCGCCGUCACCGGAGACGACAUCCCAUCCUCCAAAACUGCCCAAAGGAUUGCGACCCAGCGCACGCGACCUGUCCUCCUCCAUUGUAAGCAAUCUGGCUUCCGCCAGAGGAAUCCCUCCAAGGGGCCGUCAGAAACGGCCGACACCCAUCUUGCCACAGGUGUCCAACCAACAUGCAGACGGACACAAUGCGCAAGAAGAGUCCAAAGCAAAGCCUGUAUCAAAACAAAGCAUAGACAACAGCAAUGAUGCUCUUUCGUCAAUGUCCAAGCAAUCGCGACCUUCCUGGGCGCCACCAGUGCAGUCCGAAGCAGCGGGGCCAGAUGCCGGCGAGGAAGGAGAAGGACAAAUCUCAGAUGCGCCCUUCCAGCAAUUCUAUGCCACUUUUGAGAAUCUGAUAUCGAAACUCAGCGCCCCGCUAGCAUUUGCAGGACUUCCACUAACCACUGCGGCGUCCCCCUCGGCCAAACCGCCCGCUGCCCCCGCGCAAGCUUCACCCAAGACUCCCAGGGCGCCGACACGCGCAACACUUGCAGCGCCAUCGAUUGACUAUUCGCAGCUGAUUUCACGUGCAGCUCUACGGGCGGUUUCGGGAACGGGCAGCCCGUCCCACAAUCCGUCGGAAUCGUUCUACGUGGUUCCGACCACCGGCGGCACCAUAUCCUACGCAGACAUCAUGAAUCGGGCCGAACGCGAAGAGGCUCGCGGGCUGCGACAUCACCGACAGACCUCGAAUUUAUCCAACAUAUCGGAAGACGACUUCGUCGAUGCCCAGAGCAGAAUCCUCCCGCACAGGGCACGCGAGAGUGCUGGACCUGGCCGGUUCAAUCGGCGCGGUGCCGCUGGCGACGAGGCCAAAGUCAACGGCAAGACCAUGGAGGAGCUCGCACUGGAAAACCAAGCCCUAAAGCACCUGUCCGAUACGCUAUCGCGACGGCUCCAUGUUUUUGAAAUGUCCGCCCAGACGUCCUCUGCGGCCCUGGCCCAGAGUAUUCGCUCACUGCAGCGCUCGCCGGUCACCACGCCGUUGCUCUCGCCCCAGAACUCGCGGGGCAAGACAAGUGCGAAGGCCCUGGACGCCGGCUCGGACGAUGCGAUGGCCAGACGAAUUGCGGAACUUGAGGAGAUUCUGCGCAGAAGCGAUGCCCGGCUGCGGAAGAAAGACGAGGAAAAUGCCAAACUCCGAGACACACUGUCCAAGUAUCGAGAGAAAUGGGACAGUUUGAAGGCCGGAGCCAAGGCGAGAAGGGAAAGAGAACGCGAGACCAAGCCCAGCAAGGCUGGGGAGAAGACGUCUCAGGGAGACGCGAAAGAGACGUCAGAUAAGCCUGGGCCUUCAGCGGCUUGA